CUCGUUCCCUUGACAGCUUUGAGACGAAACGUUGUGAAGAAAAAGAAAACUUAACCUGUUCGACAUCUUCCAGUCAAUACCGCCAAUGCAUUUUAUACAAAUAUAUAACAGCUGACAUACGUUCUUUAAGCUUCUCUGGGUGGAUCUCGUCAGAAUCGAACACGCGUUUAUAAGGUUUUCACACGAGGAGCCUUUGAAUUUUUGCAUUCCCGGCUGCCAUUUGGAAGCCAUUUGGAAAUUUCUUCAAUUUCAGGCUUUUUCUUCAAGUGAAAUCAAGCUUUGGGGAAGAAAAAUUCUGGGUUUUCUAUUGAAUAUCUUCCUAUACUAUUCAGAGUUCAAAUUCUGAUGAGAAGAUAUUUGGUGGGUAGGUGAAAAUUUGCUUGCAUUUGCUGGAAGUUGCGAUAUUAUAUGUGUUCUCUUGAGGAAAAUCGAAUUGGGUCGACGCCAAAUCGCGAAAGUUUGAAACUUUUGUCAUCAACGAGCUCAGAGGAGAGCAGCACCACAGAGGAAGUUUUUCUCAGUCAACUAGUCGAUCCAGCAACUGGAAAGAUUGAUGGGGACAUGGCACAGCUAUUAUGGAUAAGUUGCAAGGUGGAUUUGUUCCGUUUGACGGAAGCUAUUGAACAUCUUAACUUGUGGUUAACAGAGGAAACAUAUAGUGGCACAGAUGAAAUUAAUUCAAAAACACGGUUAUUGGGAAAAGAAAAGUUUCAAAAACUUAUUAAUGUCCUGCAUCCUGAGGUGAAACGGACUCUAUCAGAUUGUUUAAGAAAGCAUAAUCUCCUAUUCAGUGUCUCUGGAGAAGAGGGUGCCUCUAAGAUUUGGUCUGUCAAGUAUAUCGAGUCCCUGUUUCCCAUACCUUAUGUUCCAAGAAGAAAUUUGGCUGAUGUACCUUCUCCAGCCCCUGCACCAAUAUAUUCUCAACGUAGUCCAGUACCAUCUCCUGGUGUAGCACCUUCCACUUCUCAAAGUCCUAGUCCUACACCUGCACGCCGUUCUCCACAAGGAUCAUUUUUUCCUUCCAUUCCCCGAAAUUCUGGCCUUCAAGCUUCAGGGCCAGCUUCUGGCUCAAAUAUACAGGAGCAUAAAGGACGAGAUGAACGUAAAAAAAUUGUUACUGCUGUUGUUAUAACUGCAUCAGUGACAUUUAUUGUUGCAGCAGUGCUCUUUUUAUGCUGUACUAAAAUCUGUAGAAAUGGGAAAAAGGAUAGACAAAAUGAUGACAGGCCCCUUCUUAGCCUGAGUCUAACUGAUUCUGCUGGUUCUUCAUACAAGUCUUAUGCUAUGGGAAGUUCAAUGAAAGAAGAGAAGCUUGACCAUCAAUCAUUAGAAUUAGGAUCCCCUGGAGGUGCUUCCAAGUUUGACGUAUCCAACAAUAUCAAUGGACUAGUACCACCUCCUCCUGGAAUAUCUCUUCUGAAGCCUCCGCCUGGCAGAGCAAAUCCUCUCCCACCUGAACCACCUUCUUCAUUUAAGCCUCCUCCCAGCAGGGCUAGUCCUCCUCCAGCGCCUGUCCCACCUCCCGCUUUAAACCCCCCAGGGAGUGCAGGCCCUCGGCCCCCACCUCCUCCAGCACCUCCUGGCCCUCGGCCCCCACCACCUCUAGCACCUCCUGGCCCUCGGCCCCCACCACCUCCAGCACCUCCUGGCCCUCGCCCCCCACCACCUCCAAAGAGCGGCGUUCCUCCUCCUCGGCCACCUCCAGCAAUGGCUAUUGGUUCAAAGGUAGCUCGACCUCCACCUCUUGCACCAAAACAUCCAUCGGAUGCUGGAUCGGAGGUUGAUGGUGAUGCUCCUAAAACAAAGCUGAAGCCCUUUUUUUGGGAUAAGGUUCUAGCAAACCCUGAUCAUUCAAUGGUUUGGCAUCAGAUUAAGUCAGGAUCAUUCCAGUUCGAUGAAAAUAUGAUUGAAACUCUCUUUGGGUACAACGCUGCUGAUAAAAACAAAAAUGAACGCAAGAAAGAGUCUUCAUCUCAAUAUCCUACGCCACAGUUUAUUCAAAUUAUUAAUCCCAAAAAGGCACAAAAUCUAUCAAUUCUUUUGCGGGCAUUGAAUGUGACCAUAGAAGAAGUCUGUGAUGCAAUUCGUGAAGGGAAUGAGCUUCCCUCGGAAUUCUUACAAACUCUGUUGAAGAUGGCACCAACACAAGAAGAAGAACUAAAGCUUAGAAUGUUCAAUGGUCCACUUUCUCAACUUGGGCCUGCUGAGCGGUUUCUAAAAGCGUUGAUUGACAUCCCAUUUGCUUUCAAGCGAUUGGAAGCACUACUUUUUAUGUGCACUCUUCAGGAGGAGGCCACCCACCUUAAAGAGUCUUUCGCGACCUUAGAGGUUGCUUGUAAGGAACUAAGAAGCAGCCGGCUUUUCCUCAAGCUUUUGGAAGCUGUUCUUAAAACUGGCAAUCGCAUGAAUGACGGAACAUUUCGUGGUGGAGCACAAGCUUUCAAACUUGACACACUCUUGAAAUUGUUAGAUGUAAAAGGAAUAGAUGGCAAGACAACGCUUUUGCACUUUGUUGUUCAGGAAAUAAUCCGCUCUGAGGGUGUCAGAGCUGCUCGUACAGCAAAAGAGAGCAGGAGUUUCUCUAGCAUCAAAACAGAUGAUCUCCUUGAGGACACUUCCAAUGAAACAGAAGAACAUUAUCGCAGUCUCGGUCUUGAGAAAGUUUUAGGUUUAAGCAAUGAACUUGAGAAUGUCAAAAAAGCAUCUGUUUUAGAUGCUGAAAGCUUAACAGGAACUGUUGCCAAACUUGGUCAUGCACUGAUAAAAACCCGGGACUUCCUGAACACGAACAUGAAAGAUUCAGGGGAAGAUAGUGAGUUCCAUGAAACACUGAAGAGUUUCGUGCAGAAUGCUGAGGUUGAUAUCGUGGGUCUUGUCGAAGAAGAAAAGAGAAUCAUGGUUCUGGUGAAGAGCACUGGUGACUACUUCCAUGGGAGUUCAGGGAAAGAUGAGGGCUUACGAUUGUUUGUUAUUGUGCGAGAUUUUUUAAUAAUCGUAGAUAAGGUUUGCAGAGAGGUAAAAUUGGCACAAAAAAAGUCAACAAAAGUUCAGAAAAAGGAGACACCUUCCUCUGAACCCCACCAGCCUUCUACAACACCAUCGGCCUCUGAUCUUAGGCUGCCUCCUCCGCCUGAUCUCCAUAAGCGGCUUUUCCCGGCAAUCCAAGAUCGACGAAUGGAUAACUCUAGCUCAGAUGAUGAAAGUUAAUUGAUUUUACUUGGAGAAGGUGAACAUCACUGUAGAAUCUCAACAACGACAUGCCCUUUUGGUUCGUCUGAAGAUGUUAUCCGUAUGCAGUGAUCACAUAAGGAUUCGUGAAAGGGGGGAUAAGAGUUGAGCCUGUGGCAUAUACCCUUCUCUUCAAGGUGGAAUUUCACUGGAUUGAAUCUAUGCUCACUUUCGAAAGUACCUCCGGUGAUGUUUGACCCCAACUUAUGGCUGGCCGUGUACAUCAAUGACUCACCACUGAUCAGGCGGACGAUAGGACUAAUGUCGCACAACGCCAGUACUAUACCGAACUGGCUGAACUGUGGCUGCUCAUCCUCCUUUCAAAAGGCUAACAAUUUCUUGAUUGACUAGCUAUUGGACCCAACAUCGCAAUAGUAGAGUGACCUUCCUUGUAAUUUGGUGUCCUGUGGAGAAUGAACUUAUGACAAAACAAUGUUAUUGCCCUCAGACAGCCGGAAGUCCGCAGCAGCGAUUUAGACUGGGUGGUUGUUUUUUCCUAUUUCUUUGUUCUUCUCACCUAUGAUUAUUUGUUUUUUACUUUUGUUCAUAAUUUUGACCUUUUGGGAGUGAAAAAGGUGUAGCAAGGUAGUUUUGUGUUCAAUAGAAUUGUUUUUACUUUUUUUUUGUUGUUGUCCAAAUAGAAUUGUUUUAACUUA